UUUCAUCCAGCAGACUGGGACCACCACGGGACUGACUGGACCUGGGCAGCUUCCAUUGAUUCCAGGGGCACAAGCUCACAGGUUUUCUUCAAACCCCAAAGAAACGGCAGGGAAUUGGCUCUAGUGAAAUGAGGACAAACACAGGAUCAGUUCCCAAGGCCUGAUAAAGAAACAGGCCCGGGGAUGGACCUGGAUCACCUCCCUUUGCGUCUCACUGGUGACAACGAAGCCACAGUAAGAAAGAGGGCCAGGGAGGGUUACCACAGGCCUGUCAGCUUCAUCCCAGUGGGUAGGGAGGGGGCGCUCCUUCUAAGCUUUCCUGGCUUCCAGGGGCCCCAUUCCCCACAGCCUAGUCCCCACUCUCAGCAGCCUGGCUUUAUGACUUCAUUCGCUGGUCACUUGGUGACAAUGCUGAGCGUUCCACUCCUCCAAGUCCAGGCCCAGCCCAACCAGACGCCUCCCCACAGUGGGAAUGAGGACAAUGCCUGCUGGCCCGUGUGGGGAGGGGAUGUAGAGGGCGGCGGCACCAGCCGCUCCUGGCACCAUGGACGAUGCCGCAGUCCUAAGGAAGAAGGGUUACAUCGUGGGAAUCAAUCUGGGCAAGGGCUCCUAUGCAAAAGUCAAAUCUGCCUACUCUGAACGCCUCAAGUUCAAUGUGGCAGUCAAGAUCAUAGACCGCAAGAAAACACCCACUGACUUUGUGGAGAGAUUCCUUCCUAGGGAGAUGGACAUCCUAGCGACUGUCAACCACCGUUCCAUCAUUAAGACCUACGAGAUCUUUGAGACCUCUGAUGGACGCAUCUACAUCGUCAUGGAGCUGGGUGUCCAGGGUGAUCUCCUCGAGUUCAUCAAGUGCCGAGGAGCCCUGCAUGAGGAUGUGGCACGCAAGAUGUUCCGCCAGCUCUCCUCAGCUGUCAAGUACUGCCACGAUCUGGAUGUCGUCCACCGAGACCUCAAGUGCGAGAACCUUCUGCUUGACAAGGACUUCAACAUCAAGCUGUCUGACUUUGGCUUCUCCAAGCGCUGCCUGCGGGACGGGAGCGGGCGCAUUGUCCUCAGCAAGACCUUCUGUGGGUCAGCAGCUUAUGCAGCCCCUGAGGUGCUGCAGGGCAUCCCCUACCAGCCCAAGGUGUACGACAUCUGGAGCCUGGGUGUGAUCCUCUACAUCAUGGUCUGUGGCUCCAUGCCCUAUGACGACUCUGACAUCAAAAAGAUGCUGCGCAUCCAGAAAGAGCACCGAGUGGACUUCCCACGCUCCAAGAACCUGACUGGUGAGUGCAAGGACCUCAUCUACCGCAUCCUACAACCAGAUGUCAACCGGCGACUACACAUUGAUGAGAUCCUCAGCCACUCAUGGCUACAGCCCCCCAAGCCCAAAGCCAUGUCUUCUGCCUCCUUCAAGAGGGAGGGAGAGGGCAAGUAUAGAGCUGAGUGCAAGUUGGAUACUCGACCAGGCUCAAGACCUGAACAUCGGCCUGACCACAAACUGGGGGCCAAACCCCAGCACCGAAUGCUGGUGGCCCCUGAGAAUGAAGACAGGAUGGAGGAGAGGCUGGCUGAGACUUCCAGAGCUAAAGACCAUCACAUCUCUGGAUCUGAGGUGGGGAAAGCAAGUACCUAGUGGUGGAAUGGGCCCUGGGGGGUCAUGGUGUGUAGUUUGCACUCACAUAAGCUAAUUAGGCAGGUAGGAGCUGAAGAAGGCACAGGCGCAAGGAACAAGUAAAAUCCGUCAAUUAAACCACUAUUUUGAUUACGUUCUAUUAGCUUUCUUCCACUUAGUAGCAAAGACAUUAAUUACUGACCACCAAAUAAACCACAAAGUGUAUACAAGCA